UCCGCCCCGCGCCGCGCCCGCCGCGCCGCUCCGCUCCAGCAUGCACGGAGGAUGCUCGCGUCUUGCUCAGGCAGGAAGGGGCCGGAGGGCAGGUACCCGCUGCACUACCUCGUCUGGCACAACCGAGCCCGUGACCUGGACCGAGAGCUCAGCGCCAAGCAGGCUGACAUUGAGCAACUCGACCCCCGAGGACGCACCCCACUGCACCUGGCCACCACACUGGGUCACCUUGAGUGUGCCAAGGUGCUCCUGAAACAUGGUGCCGAUGUGGGCAAGGAGAACAGAAGUGGCUGGACAGUCCUGCAGGAGGCUGUGAGCACCCGUGACCUGGAGCUGGUGCAGCUGGUUCUGCGCUACCGUGACUACCAGAGAGCCAUCAAACGUCUGGCUGGGAUCCCCAUUCUGCUGGAGAAACUGCGCAAGGCCCAGGACUUCUACGUGGAGAUGAAGUGGGAAUUCACCAGCUGGGUGCCACUGGUGUCCAAGAUUUGCCCCAGUGACACCUACAAGGUGUGGAAGAGUGGCCAGAACCUGCGGGUGGACACCACGCUGCUGGGCUUUGACCAUAUGACCUGGCAGCGGGGCAACCGCAGCUUUGUCUUUCGAGGUCAAGACACCAGUGCAGUGGUGAUGGAGAUAGACCAUGACCGGCGAGUGGUCUACUCGGAGACACUGGCCCUGGCUGGACAUGACCAGGAGGUGCUGCUGGCUGCUGUGCAGCCCACCGAGGAGCAGGUGAUGGGGCGGCUGACGGCCCCUGUCGUCACUACCCAGCUUGAUACCAAGAACAUCGCCUUUGAGAGGAACAAGUCUGGCAUCCUGGGCUGGAGGAGUGAGAAGACAGAAAUGGUGAAUGGGUAUGAGGCCAAGGUCUAUGGUGCAUCCAACGUGGAGCUGAUCACGCGGACUCGGACCGAGCACCUCUCAGACCAGCACAAGGGCAAGAGCAAAGGCAGCAAGACCCCCCUGCAAUCCUUCCUGGGCAUCGCUGAGCAGCAUGUGGGGCCCAACAACGGGACGCUGAUCACGCAGACUCUGAGCCAUGCCAACCCCACCGCCAUCACCCCUGAGGAGUACUUCAACCCCAACUUCGAGCUGGGCAACCGGGACAUGGGGCGGCCCAUGGAACUCACCACCAAGACACAGAAGUUCAAGGCAAAGCUGUGGCUGUGUGAGGACCACCCGCUGUCCCUCUGCGAGCAGGUCGCCCCCAUCAUUGACCUCAUGGCAAUAAGCAACGCGCUCUUCGCCAAGCUGCGGGACUUCAUCACCCUGCGCCUCCCGCCCGGCUUCCCCGUCAAGAUUGAAAUCCCCAUCUUCCACAUCCUCAAUGCCCGCAUCACCUUCGGGAACCUCAACGGGUGUGACGAGCCCGUCAGCUCCCUGCGGCACAGCCCCAGCAGCGAGGCACCUUCGCCCAGCAGCGACUCCUCCAGCGUUAGCAGCUCCAGCUCCUUGACUUCCUGCCGAGCGUGUGAGAUGGACCCGGCGCUGUUCGAGGUGCCACGGGGGUACAGCGUGGUGGGCACCCACCAGGAUGCCCUGCGGGAAGAUGAGGAUGACCUGCUGCAGUUUGCCAUCCAGCAGAGCCUGCUGGAAGCGGGCAGCGAGUACGACCAGGUCACCAUUUGGGAAGCGCUGACUAACAGCAAGCCUGGCACCCACCCCAUGUCACACGAAGGUCGCCGAGGAGACAGGUUGGUAAAGUCUGGCCAGUACCCCCCCGGGGGGGACCGGGAGUGGGAGCCAGCCCCGCGGCGACCCUCGCUGAAGACCCUGCCACCCCCCAGGACUCCCCAGCACACAGCAGCCCCCCGUCCCCCUGUCACCCCAGCCCCGGGGGGGGGGCGGGGGGGGGCCCAGCGCCCUGUUCCCCAGCUACGCGGAGCAGCUGCGGUUGGCCAUGGCACUCUCGGCGCGGGAGCAGGAGGAAGCGGAGCGCCGGACACGCCAGGAGGAAGAGGAGCUGCAGCGCAUCCUGCAGCUCUCGCUGACAGAGAAGUGACCCCGAGUCCCCACUGAGCCCCCUCCCACCGGGCAUGGAGACACGGCCAGUGCUGUGUCUGGGGGCACAGAGCGAGAAUGGGGUGGGGAGAACCAGCCCAGGGACUGUGGAGGGCAAAUAGGGAGGAGGGUGUGCAGGAUUCGGCCUUGCAUUGGGAAGAUUGUCCCCAUAGUUGAGGCAGUACAAAGACGCAAGGGGUGACACCCCACAGCAGGGUAGGAUGGAGGUGACAGUCCUGCAUCUAGGGUGACGGGGGGGGGGGGGGGGGGGGGCAACCCUACAGACUGCACCGCACCCUGGGACAGCCCUAGACCCCCUACAACCACCCUAUCGGAUGCAGCUCAGCAUCUCGGGGUGGGGGAAUAUCCUGCCCCAAAUGGAGGGGGGGAGGGGCUGCCAGUUGUGUGAGGUCCUGGGGACUCCCCAGAGCUAGGGGAUUCUGCCCAGUCCUCACAGCCUCCCUGCCCAGGCGCUAUGAAGUGCACUUACCCAGGAGCUGCUCUGCCUGCCAACGCGCAGGGGUGGGGAGGCUCAGCCCCGUUGCAUCCCCCAGCCAGCGUGGGGCUGCACAGCCACCCCCCAUCUCGGUGUGGGGGCCUGCUGGGGCAGCUGAGGGGGUGCCUGUGAAAGGCUGCCUGGUGUCACAACCACUUCUAUCCUGCUCGCACCCCUUCUGUCCUGCUUGGAUACCCCCUGCCCUUGGCAGCGCUGCACCCCGUCUACCCGGGCACUGACCCUGAGAGAAACCUUACGUCAAAUGGUGCUAACCUCGGGCUGCUCCUCCUUUGCACAUGGGGGGCUGGGGGCUGCAGGGGGGCCGGCUCACUCCCCUGGGACUUUUCGUAGCCGGUGCCCCCCUACCAUGCACCCCACAAGCGACGUCUGGGCCAAGGCCGGGGGAGCCCGAGCAGCUCCGACCGCGGCCAACACCAAUAAAUGCUCUUUAAUGUUUGUC